AUGUUGGCGUGGCAAGUGACGGGCAACAUCACCGACCACGACCACACCGUCCACGACCACACCGUCCACGACCACACCGUUCACGACCACACCGUUCACGACCACACCCGUCCACACCACCCUCCACGACCACACCGUCCACGACCACACCGUCCACGACCACACCGUCCACGACCACACCGUCCACGACCACACCGUCCACGACCACACCGUCCACGACCACACCGUCCACGACCACACCGUCCACGACCACACCGUCCACGACCACACCGACCACGAGCACACCGUCCACGAACACACACGACCCACGAGCACACCGACCACGAGCACACCGUCCACGAACACACCGUCCACGACCACACCGUUCACGACCACACCGUCCACGACCACACCGUCCACGACCACACCGUCCACGACCGCACCGUCCACGACCACACCGUCCACGACCACACCGUCCACGACCACACCGUCCACGACCACACCGUCCACGACCACACCGAUCACGACCACCACGUCCACGACCACACCGUCCACGACCACACCGUCCACGACCCACACUGUCCACGACAACACGUCCACGACCACACCGUUCACGACCACACCGUCCACGACCACACCCCGUCCACGACCACACCGUCCGACCCACGUCCACGACACGACCACGACCGUCACCGUCCACGACCACACCGUCCACGACCACACCGUCCACGACCACACCGUCCCCGAGCCCACCGACCACACACGACCACACCGUCCACGACCCGACCACACCGACCACCACGACCACACCGACCACGACCACACCGACCACGACACAAACCAUCCACGACCACACCGUCCCACGACACCACACCGUCCACGACCACACCCGUCCACGACCACACACGUCCACGACCACACCGUCCACGACCACACCGUCCACGACCACACCGUCCACGACCACACCGAUCACGACCACACCGUCCACGACCACACUACAAGACGCCCACUACAUUGUUGAUCUUAUGA